UCGAUCUAAUCGAGGAAUAUCAAACUCCACCUCUUCAAUGCACGAGUGCCUGCUAAAAAGUGAUGAGAACAUCAUCGAGUGCAACCCAAAAGUAUAUCAAAUGCAAAACACACUUCUGAACAACUGCGGUAAAUACUAUCCCUACUACAGUCGACUUGCCAACGGCCAAAACACGAGAUACAACGAAUUUCCAUGGAUGGCAUUGCUGAUCGAUUCCAGCGGAAAUAUCGUCUGCGGCGGAAGUUUAAUAUCGGCUCGAUACGUUCUAACUGCAGCUCACUGUGUGUACUUUCGAAAAGUGACCACGGUUCGACUUGGUGAGUACGACACUUCCACGGAACAAGACUGUGACAUUAUUUCAGGAGAGUGUGCUGGUCCUUUACAAGAAUUGGAGGUGGAAUCGGUGAUGCAUCACGCGCUUUACAGUACCUCACAGAGGACUAACGAUAUUGCCCUGGUUAGGCUAGCCAAUCCGGCAAACACUGAUGAAAGUGCAAAUGUGCUCCCCAUUUGUCUCCCAUUUGAAGGAACGGACCUCCGCAAGUUUCCCGAGAACGCCGAAAUGAUCCUUUCCGGUUGGGGUCACACGGAAAAGAACGUCGCAUCGAAUGAGCUGCAGAAGGUAUCCGUGUCCGUGCAGCCUGCUGACGCUUGCAGCGAGCUUGCCAAGUUAGACGAUCGUGAUAUCUGCGGUGGGGAAGCCCACUGUAUCGGCGAUUCUGGUGGACCCUUGCAGUAUUCUAUGGACUUCCGGUCCAGGGAGAUCAUGGUCCAGCAUGGAAUCGUUACGUUUGGGGGUAAAACCUGCGGGGAAGGACUACCUGGUUCUUAUCUUAAGGUUGCUUAUUACAUGGAUUGGAUUUUGGAACAUAUGGAAUUUGUUCAGAAGCAAACAAACAUUCGCGCGGUAAGGAUGGAGCAAAUGACGGAGCUUCAAGUGUUGUCACUUGAGAAAACGCCGGUGCACGGAAACGGAAAUUUUAGUGAAGAUGUGCAAUAUUCAUCAUGGCAACAACGCGGAAAUACAAAAUUGCGCAUAGUGUCGUGGUUGUUGGGGGUGGCAUGUUGUACGAUCGUAGUGCUUGUUAUAUUGUUGCUAACCGGCAUUUCGUGUAGUAGUGAUUCUAACAGUUUAUUGAACAUUUUCUCUGUUCGAACUACAUCAACAAAGACCUUCGAUGACAAACAACAACAUACAGUGCGAAGUGAUUUCAGUACAACAAGCAGGAAGCCGACCAAUUUGUACAACUCUGAAAAUUGUGGUGUAUCUUCUUCCGAUCGGAUUUUGCGUGGCGAAGAAGCAGAGCUGAGCCAGUAUCCAUGGAUGGCACUACUGUUGGACUCAGCCGGUGAAGUCUCUUGUGGAGGUACGCUAAUUUCCGAAAGAUACGUGCUAACAGCAGCACAUUGUUUGUCCAGAGUAAAAACUGUUCGAUUAGGAGAACACAACACAACGUCUAACAUCGAUUGUGCAGAUGUUGAAAAAGAAGACUGUGCUCCCGUGGUUCAGAACUUUACUGUGGCGGAUAGCGACAUCAUACAGCAUCGUGAUUAUAGCUCCUCUGAAAUGAGUAAUGAUAUUGGUCUAAUUCGGCUUUCAAGGCCAGUCGACAUGGCGGAAGAUCGUGUUUUGCCAAUUUGCCUGCCUUACGGAGAGUAUCUAGAUGCCGAAAAAGAAAGCGCAACUAUUGCCGGAUGGGGACAUACUGAAAAUGGAACAACGUCCGCCGUUCUGAUGCAUGCGUCGGUGGAGUUAAGGACAAAUAGAUAUUGCGCCAGUGAAUUCACCAAAACAAACACCAAAGUUAAACUUGACGAUCGGACCAUCUGCGCUAUUGGAAAUAAUGGCCAGAACCACUGCGUAGGAGAUUCCGGCGGUCCAUUACAGCUUUUCAAAUCUGUUAAUAGUGGAGAAGAAACUCGAAUCGCUGCUGUUCUGCAUGGAAUAAUAACGUUUGGUGAAAAAGAAUGCACGGCGGAUCAUCCGAGCUUGCCCGGAGUAUUUGUUAAGGUGUCCUCUUACAUAGAUUGGAUACUAAACAACAUGACAGAAUAACUUUUUCCAAUGAAUCUCUUGAUCAGGGUUGCCAAUCAUACAAUUUUCAAUAAGGAAGAGGAGGGACAUGAAUUUAUUUAAAAGUUUGUAGAAUUCAAAUGGUUAACGAAUUAUUUGGCCUCAAAAAGUUGUUCGAAAUGAGGCGAAAAUGAAAAAUGUGUCAAAAUCUGGCACAGAUCAUGAUUAAUCAUUAUUCUGGCUGACACUUAAAAAUCUGGCAUUCCCAGAUUUAUCUGGCAACCUGGCAACCCUGCUCUUGACAACCAAACAGUGAGAUAGGUACACAGCAAAAAAUGGUAAAAUCGCAAGCAAAAGC